CAGCAAAGAGGGGAAAGAAGACACACCACCCAGCAACAUGACUACACCCAGCAACACCUACGACGUUAUAGUGGUCGGCGCGGGCAUAUCAGGUUUGAGUGCUGCAAAGCUGUCGAAAGCCAGUGGGCUCGAUCCUGUAGUGUUGGAAGCCAGAGACCGGGUUGGUGGUCGUACCUUCACUGUGCAGAAUAAGGAGGCAAAGUGGGUUGAUCUAGGCGGUGCAUACAUUGGACCGACACAGAACCGCAUCCUCCGUCUGGCCAAAGAGUACGGCAUAAAGACCUACAAAGUCAACGAGCAGGAGAACUUGGUGCAUUAUGUUAAUGGAAAGUCUUACCCGUUCAAAGGCUCUUUGCCUCCCAUGUGGAACCCCAUCGCUUUGAUGGACUUCAACAACCUCUUUAGAACAAUGGAUAAGAUGGGCGAGGAGAUUCCCAGAGAGGCUCCCUGGAGAGCUCCCCAUGCUGAGGAGUGGGACAAGAUGACCAUGCAGGAACUCUUUGAAAAACUUUGCUGGACCAGAGCUGCUUGUGGCUUCGCCACACUGUUUGUCAACUUGAUCGUGGCCGCUGAACCCCACGAGGUGUCGGCUCUCUGGUUACUCUGGUACGUCAAACAGUGCGGAGGAACAAUGAGGAUCUUCUCCACCACCAAUGGAGGACAGGAGAGGAAGUUUGUAGGGGGUUCGAAUCAGGUGAGUCAGUGCAUGGCGAGGGAGCUGGGAGACCGAGUGAAGCUGCAGUCUCCAGUCUACAGGAUCGACCAGACCGGAGACAUGGUCGUGGUGGAGACCGUGGACAAGCAGACCUACAAGGCCAAGUAUGUGAUCGUGGCCACACCACCUGCUUUGAAUCUGAAGAUGCACUUCAACCCUGAGCUGCCCCCGCUGAGGAACCAGCUGAUCAGCCGUGUUCCCGUGGGCUCUGUCAUAAAGUGCAUGGUCUACUACAGAGAGAACUUCUGGAGGAAAAAGGGUUACUGCGGCAGCAUGGUGAUUGAGGAGGAGGGCGCUCCCAUCGGCUUCACCCUGGAUGACACAAAGCCUGAUGGGACUGUACCUUGUAUUAUAGGAUUCAUCCUUGCCCGCAAGUCCAGAAAGCUCUCAAGCCUGUCCAAGGAAGAAAGGUUGAGGAGGAUCUGUGAGAUCUACUCCAAAGUGCUGGGCACAGAUGAGGCUUUGCAUCCGGUGCACUAUGAGGAGAAGAACUGGUGUGAAGAGGAGUACUCUGGAGGCUGCUACACAGCCUAUUUCCCCCCAGGAAUCCUUACUCAGUUUGGCAGAGUGCUGAGAGAGCCGGUGGGCAAGUUGUACUUUGCGGGCACAGAGACGGCCACCGAAUGGAGUGGCUACAUGGAGGGGGCCGUACAAGCUGGAGAGAGAGCAGCCAGAGAGGUCAUGUGUGCGAUGGGUAAACUCCAACCUAGUCAGAUCUGGCAACCUGAGCCUGAGAAUGAGGAAAUCCGGGCACUCCCGUUUGUCACCACCUUCUGGGAGAGAAACCUGCCUUCGGUUGAUGGUUUCCUCAAGUUCUUAGGAGUCUCCACAUUCCUGUCUGCUGCCGCCGCAGCUGGCCUGGUGGCCUACAAGAAGGGCAUCAUCCCCCGGAGUUAAACCACCCUGUCGUCUCACUCCUCCACAUCUCAAGGGAACACGUCUCAAUAGACAUUUGUGUACUUCUAGUGCACUACUUUAUGGGCCCAAACUACAGAGUAGUGACCUACAUAGGGUAUACGUUGUUUUUUGAGAAACACCGUGAUGUAAGAAGGACUGCUCAGCUCAUGCAAAACACUAACACACUGUUACUCUGUCCACAAAUGAAAGAGAGAACAAAGCAGAUGAGAAGGGCCGACUGAAAGGUGUUUGAGAGGAGUGACGAAAGCCUAACUUCAGUUUAAAAAAUCCAGACUCAGAUUGUGAAACCAAUGAAGGAAAAAAGAUCAGAAUCAGUUCGUAAGGGGAAACCUACUCUGUCAUUAUUAUUAUCCCAUACACUGCCAAUGAAAUCCACUGUGUCAAUUAUAUGUGAGUUUAUAAAAGUCGCCAUGCUUACUAUGUGUAUGAGCCUCGUCUGUGUCGCGUGCUUUGGUGAGCAUGCAUUUGUGAGCGCGUUGUUGUCAAAGUUUCCGUACAAAGUGUGCAAGCACGUGUGCAUGAGUUUCCACUGUGUGUCUAAUUACCUCUGCUGAUUUUAGGUGCUGAUUUAUUCUGGCCAAGCAGCCAUAGCUGUUUGAUGAAAUCCAGUGACUUCAGAAGAGAAAAGAGCACCUAAAGUGAGUUGGUACCGUGUGAAAUGGGCAAUGUUGUUUCUCUUAAAUUUAAAUUUUAUUUAGAUCCCAAAGCGCAAAUUAUGUGCCCUAAUAUGAAAUUACUGAAUUCAUAUAGCUAAUUGUCUCCUUCAUGGUAACUCCUUUCAUAUAAAUCCUCUGUUUAAACUAUAGUAAGUCUUAGGUAUCAGCAAACACAGGCUACCAAAUAUGCCCACCAAAAAUUAAGACGGUGCCAGUCUAAGUACUGAACCCAUAAAUUUAAUUGGUAAUCCAUAAACUAAUGGUGACACUUCUCAGUUAUAGUUCCUUGUUGUUUUUGUAUAAAUCGACCAGGAGUGACCUUGAAUGCUUCAGGCUUAUAGAACAAAACGACUGGUGUGCAUC